AUGGCCGACGAAUCGCCCACAGUCAACAGUCGGCGGCACCGCCGCAAUCAAUCGACUCCGCAGAACUCGAUCCAGCUACAAGACCUGGGCCCCGCUCAACAUGCUCCCAUCUCUCAGGAACCGCCAUCCCCGUCUGCCCAGGCUUCGCAUCGCCGUACUUUGAGCGACCGUGGACGUAGCUUGUUCCGGCGCAAUAGAGACUCGCUCUUGUCACACAGCCCUGGCAGGAACCCACCGCCUCCUAAUACACGCGCUUACUCGCCAAUUUCCGAGGAUCCUCCCAGUCCGCCGCAGAUCGAUAGCAACUUGUCACCUCUUGCCUAUGUGACGUCGCCCACUGGCCACCGGACACGGGUUGACGAUGGUCAAGAUGAGGACGAGCGCACACCGCUGUCUCCACAUGAAGGAAGCAGUUUCCAACAGGCCAUGGGCUUCGCUGGCCUUAGUAUAGGCGCUCCUGCCCGUCCUUCGUUGCACUCGGGCCAUGGUCGAUUAGGCAGUGACCUUAGCCUCCGCACUGUCGACGCAUCGCCUUACGACGAAGAGCCCGACGACCCAACUGGCUUCUUUCCACAUGAGGAGGAUAUGGACACGGUACCCCUGACAGACAUGAGCCGCCUCGACGCUCAUUCUCCACAACGCAACGAACGUGGCAGCUUCCAAAGUAUCCGCUUCUUGUCGCCAUCUGUCUCGCACUCCAACAAUCCUGAUGUCGAAUCUGGCAACCUGAGUCCUUCUGGUCGUUGGAGUCGUUCNCCCGAUGGUCAUAGUCGCUCUCCUGCGGACAGUCGUCGCUCGUUGUCGCCUAUGGGGGACUCUCCUUUCCAUCGAGCAGGAGACAUGAUGCGCAAGAUGUCGAUGCGUGUGGUCAAUCUGAGUAACGAGCCUGAAGUCGCCGAGCGUAUGAUUAGACGCAAGUCGUCUGUGGGCCGUUCUUCUCGCAUUUCCGAAGCUCCUGAUUUUGCCAAUGAUGGAACNCCCCGCUCACCUGUCAGCGAGAAGAUGCCUUCACCUAUGCUUCAUCCAGCCGAUCAGCUCGAGCCACGUACUACUCCUGAACCAAAUCCUUUCCGUGGCAAGUCACUAGGCAUCUUUCCGCCCGAUAGCAAGUUACGCCUGAAGUUGGCUGAUUUUCUGCUUCAUCCCUUUACCGAACCUUUUAUCCUCGUACUCAUUGUCUUCCAAACGAUCUUGCUUGCUGUCGAAGCUCGCAAUAACGUGAACAAUGAUCCACGAUCUCAGCGUUUUGGGACCACCUGGAUCGACAUCGCGUUGCUUGCCUUGUUUACCAUCUACACCAUUGAGAUCAUGAUUCGAGUCGUUGUAUCUGGAUUCAUCGUUAACCCUAUCGAGUACAGCACUAUCGACCGCAAGGUUGGUCUACGGACUGCCGUCAUGAAGAAGGCCAAUGAUUUGUUCGCUUUACAUCGCAAGCCAUCCGUCAGGAACCUCAAUCCUCUUGCUCCAGUAGUGGCAGGACCUCAGCCCGGAAUCCUGCGUAGCUUCACCACAAACACCAUGAUGGAAGUACCAGGUGGCUCAAAACAAGCUCAGCUGCAGCGACUAGCAUUUCGAGCAUUUUUGCGUCAUUCUUUCAACCGAUUGGACUUCCUUGCGGUCUGCGCGUUCUGGAUCAGCUUUGUCAUUGGGAUUUUUGGUGUCGAGUCCCAAAAGCACGUCUUUGUCUUCCGCAUGUUAAGUUGUCUUCGAAUUGUGCGUCUUCUCGGUAUCACCAGUGGCACGUUAGUUAUCUUGCGGAGUUUGAAGAAGGCUGCUCCGACUCUACUGAAUGUCGCCUUUUUGACUGGAUUCUUCUGGCUGUUAUUUGCAAUCAUCGGAGUCCAAAGCUUCAAGUCCAGUCUUCGGCGUACUUGUGUCUGGACUAACCCCGAGGACACUUCAGAGACAUACACACAAUCAAUGCAGUUCUGCGGUGGCUAUCUACUAGCUAACAAAACGGCAAUGCCCUGGAUACAUCAGGACGGUACGCCUGGUGCAGACGAUGCUAAAGGUUUCUUUUGCCCUAUCAACUCCGUCUGCAUUGAAGGUGAUAACCCCUACAAUGGGACUGUCAGUUAUGACAACAUCUUCCAGUCGCUCGAGAUGGUGUUUGUCGUCAUGUCCUCCAACACCUUCUCAGAUCAACUGUACUACCUUGCUGACAGCGACUAUCUAUCUGCCGGAAUAUUCUUCGCUGCUGGGAUCAUAGUCUUCCCGCUUUGGCUUGUGAACUUGCUGAUUGCCGUCAUUACAUCUUCAUUCCAAGUCAUUCGAGACGAGAGCAAAGCCAGUGCCUUUACGGCGCAAGAGCACGUCAAGCAUCUCGAGACGGAAGAGGGAAGUGAUGGCUUCAAGCAAAAGACGAGUACGCUGAAACAGUUUGUCAAUAACACACGAUGGAUCUGGAUUGCUGUCAUCACAUACGGCUUAAUGGUACAAUGUCUACGCAGUGCAUAUAUGAGUCCAAGCCGGGCCGCUUUCCUCAGUAAGUUUAUCUCUUUAUUGUUGUUUGACAAAUGCUUAUACUGUUCAAGGNNCUCUUCAGAACUAGGUGUGACCAUAGCCCUAGACAUCGAGAUCAUUCUCCGAUUCAUGGCAGAUUGGCGUCGAUUCCAUAAGAGCAAGCGGAACCUCGUGGAUCUAGCACUGGCUAUAAUAACUACAGUCAUCCAGAUUCCGGUUAUCAAACACUCUGGGCAGCCAUAUGCAUGGUUGACGUUCUUCCAAAUCAUAAGAAUCUACCGUGUCGUUCUCGCAGUCGAAAUCACACGCACGCUGAUCCUCACUGUGUUAGGUGACUUCUCGGGUUUGACCAACUUGAUCAUGUUCGUUAUGCUGCUGAGCUUUCUCGCUGCGAUUUUCGCGACACAGAUCUUCCGUGGGCAAAUCCCAGAAGAAAACGACGAAGGCGAAGCUAUUCGUGUUCCGUUCUUUGACAUAUACAAUGCCUUUUUGGGCAUGUAUCAAAUCUUCUCGAGUGAGAAUUGGACAGAUAUCAUGUACGACGUUACUUCAUACAACGUCGCUUACAACAACGGCUGGAUUGGUGCGGCAUUCUGUAUUAUGUGGUUCAUCCUAGCGAACUUCAUUGUUUUGAACAUGUUUAUUGCUGUCAUCCAAGAAAACUUCGAUGUUUCAGAAGACGAAAAACGCCUGCAGCAGGUCAAAGCAUUUCUUGCAAAGAGGCAAGUCAACGCGACGUCUGGCAGUCAAGGUUCACUGUCAUUGUCGACGAUCUUCAAGCUCGGUCAGGUCCGUCGACAAGACCCUCUGGAUUAUGGCUCGGCACAAACAGAAAUGCUUCUCAAGGAUGCAGUGGUUCGCGACUUCCUCGAUGAUCACGACGUCGAUCCCGAUUCGACUUCCCCUGGAGCAUCCGAAAACAUACCUCAUAACAGCCAACCCGUCAAAUCAGGCACUCUGGCUCAGCGUUGGGAACAAAUGCUCAAUCGCCUCUUCAAUCGCGAGCCCAACCCGUUCUACUCGAAUGUAGAGCUUCAGAAGGCUCAUGAGGAAGUGGACACUCGUCAGAUGGUCAAAGAGGUCGUAGCAGCGAAUGAGAGGGUCAAGAGGGCUCAACGCGAAUACUUGAGGAAGUAUCCCAACUACAACGUCUCGCUCUUCAUCUUCAGAGUCAACAAUCCUGUCAGAAGAUUGUGCCAGAGAAUUGUAGGUCCAGGUCGUGGCGGUGAUCGCAUAGAGGGUGUCGCGCCCUCCAGACCCAUCUGGUAUGGUUUCUCAGCAUUCAUCUACGCAGCCAUCGUAGCAAUGGUGCUCUUGGCCUGUGUUACGACACCUUUGUACCAGAAGGAUUAUUUCAGAACCCACGACUUCCAAGCACUGAACUGGUUUGUCUACAGCGACAUGGGCUUCGCAACUCUGUUCACCAUCGAAUCUGUCAUUCGAGUCAUUGCGGAUGGGUUUUAUUGGACACCCAACGCAUACUACCGCAGCUCUUGGGGCAUUAUUGAUGGCAUCGUCUUGGUCACACUGUGGACUGACAUCUUCACCACGAUCUAUAACCCAGGCGGUGGUUCAAGAGCUGUUGGUGCCUUCAAAGCUUUGAGAGCCCUCCGAUUACUCAAUGUCAGCGACAAUGCUCGAGAUACCUUCCAUUCUGUUAUUGUCAUGGGUGGUUGGAAAGUCGUCUCGGCAGCGCUCGUCUCGAUGAGUUUGCUCAUUCCAUUUGCCAUAUAUGGCUUGAAUCUCUUCAACGGAAGGUUCAUGGAAUGUAACGAUGGUAAUGGUGUCACCUCGUCACUUACCGACUGUACUGGCGAAUACCUCAGUACACCUUACGAUUGGAACGUUCUUGCACCACGUCAAGUCGCCAAUCCAUACUACGACUUCGAUAAUUUCGGGUCGUCGCUGUUCAUCCUCUUCCAGAUCGUUUCGCAAGAAGGCUGGAUUGAUGUCAUGUGGAGCGGCCAAUCCAUCACUGGCGUUUUUACACAACCUAAUCCUUUCUCGUCUCAAGGAAACGCCGUCUUUUUCGUCGCCUUCAACUUGCUUGGUGCCGUUUUCGUCUUGACGCUUUUUGUUAGUGUCUUCAUGCGCAACUACACGGAACAAACUGGAGUGGCUUUCUUGACGACCGAACAGCGAUCAUGGCUUGAGUUGAGGAAACUACUCCGACAAAUCUCACCGUCCAAAAGACCCUCAUCUAAGGAGGUGCGGGAAACUUGGAGAGAGUGGUGUUACCGUCGAGCAGUGACAAAGAAUGGCAGGUGGCAGCGCAGCGUCACCAUAGUGCUCGUGUUCCAUCUGCUUUUGCUGUGUUUGGAAUGGUACCCAGACAACAACCGCUGGGACAGAGCACGAGACUACAUUUUCCUGGUGCUGACACUCUUCUACAUUGUCAACAUCGUCAUCCGUAUCGUUGGUCUUUCCUGGACUCGAUUCCGAAGAAGUGCUUGGGAUGUGUACUCGUUGUUUUCGGUGUCUGGCACAUUUGUCACGCUGAUAUUGCUUCUGACCAACUUCAAGAACAGAGACUACGUCCAAGUACACAAGUUGUUCCUUGUAUCGAUCGCAUUACUUCUGAUUCCUAGAAACAAUCAGCUGGAUCAACUCUUCAAGACCGCGGCUGCCAGUCUGACUUCGAUCGUCAAUCUGUUGGCGACUUGGUUUGUCCUCUUUCUCGUUUUCGCCAUUGCCUUCACUCAAACUUUCGGAUUGACUAGAUUUGCCGAGGGUGAAACAGACAACCAGAACUUCCGCACAGUGCCCAAAGCUCUGGUUAUGCUGUUCCGUAUGAGUUCUGGAGAAGGUUGGAAUGAGGUGAUGGCGGACUUCGCAUCCGUCACCCCGCCUUAUUGCACGAUCGGUGAGCAUUACUAUGAUGGCGACUGUGGUAGCGAGGGAUGGGCUAUGGCUCUGUUCAUCUCUUGGAACAUCCUCAGCAUGUACGUGUUCAUGAACUUGUUCAUUUCGUUGAUUUACGAGAGUUUCUCGUAUGUCUAUCAACGAAGCAGCGGAUUGUCCGUCAUCAGCAGAGAAGAGAUUCGGCGCUUCAAGCAGGCUUGGGCAGAGUUCGAUCCAAGUGGCUCGGGAUAUAUUUCGAAGGAGAAGUUCCCCCGCUUGUUAGGAGUGAGUCAUCUUUCUGCCGUGUCCUUUCGAUGUAUACUGACUUUUGCANNGGAACUUUCUGGUGUGUUUGAAAUGCGAGUUUACGAUGGUGACUUCACAGUCAGUAACAUCAUCGCGGACUGCACUUCUCGACCGCACCGUGCCCAUCCUCUAGGGCUGGACGGUCCGCAGGAUGGUCCUCAGGUUGAUCUCGAAAAACUCAACGAACGUCUGUCAGAGAUUCCGAUCCUUGAAAUUCAAAGACGCAGGAGGCGUAUGAACAUCUUCUACGAAGAAGUACUAGUCUCGGCUGAUCCUGACCGUGGUGUCGAGUUCAACUCACUCUUGAUGAUUUUGGCCCAUUACAAGGUCAUCAAUGACAACAAAAGUCUACGACUCGAAGAGUUCUUACGUCGUCGCGCUCGUCUGCAGCGCGUCGAGGAAGCUGUACGCCGUAAUGUUGUCGUCGGUUUCUUCGACACUCUUUAUUGGGCCCGUCGAUUCAGAAAGGCUCUGGAAGCCAAGAAGGACGCGCGCAUGACCAUGGUGCCUCAACUAGAUGUUCCUGAAAUCUUCAUCCAGGAUGAUGGCGAGGACCUUGCAAACUCUUGCCACAAGACUCCCUCAGCCCCCUCGACACCAAUCGAUCACCAGACUCCCAGCUGGACUAUUGGAAGCGAUCACGGCAAUCCAGCAUUAACCAUUGACCCUACAGUGUCUCGACCUAGUUUACGCAACCGCAGUGAUUCUAUCCAGCUCUCACCAUCAGCCUCACCAACGCGUUCACGAGCAGUCUCACACUCAACCCUUUCGGAGAUGCGUGAUAUUCCUGAAGACUGGCAUUUUGCGGAAGCUCUGAUUGACGGACACAAUCGUUCUAGAUCACCGUCACCAUCACCACAGCACCUCGAUCCCGAUGCCACAUUAGAUGCCUACGGUGGUUUGGGCCUUGGAGCAGGUCCUCGAAGUCGCGCUCAAACACUGUCUGCCUCAGGCCCAGAGUCUCGUCCUCGAGAAGGCACUCUAUCAGUCGCCGGUACACCUAGCAUGGGCGGUCGUUCGCGCGCCACUAGCUCUGUCAACGCACAGAAUGUCCUCGAUGUCUUGGAUACCUCGGCAUGGGGCGAGAGUAUUAGACGAAGCUUCACUACUCGUGGGUCUUCAUCCGGACCACACGAUUCUGCUUCGCGGGAUGCAAGUGCUGAACCCAUGCCAUCCAUCUCCGACACUCAACCUUCGACUUUUUCACACACAGAAGGACAUGAUCAUGAACACCCGCAUGAGCGAUAA